UCUUGCCUCCUGUGAGUUGUUACCCAACCUACUGCAAGAAUGAAACUCUUCAACUUCCUGGGAGCAAUGGUCUUCUUCACCUUCAUGGUCUCCAGCUAUUCUGAACAAAACCAAGUGAAUGUCCUGUGCUCGACAGAUUGGUUCAUGGUCACAGUUCACCCCUUCCUGCUGAAUAGUGAUGUCUAUGUGCAUUUUUAUGAGGUGCAUUUGGGCCUGGGUUGUCCUCCCAACCAUGUUUACCCACACUUCUACGAGUUUACCUACCGCGUUACAGAAUGUGGCAUCCGCAUCAAGGCCAUCUCUCCAGAUGUAGUUAUCUACAGCUCUGAGAUUCACUAUAUCUCCAAGGCCACACCUUCUAGAUAUGUGAUCCCCGUGUCGUGCGCUGCCCCUCGACGGUCCCCUUGGCUCACUAAGCCCCACUCCGUGAAUGCUGCCAACAACAACAUGGCUGCGACCCCGAAGAAUGAUACAAGCUACCAGGUGUUCAGCUUGCCAGAGCCUAGCCAGGCAUCCAACUGCAGCUGCCCACCUUCUGUCUUCAAUCAACAGAGCAUGUAAGCCCCACAUCACCGGGCAGAGUCUUCGGAGGCCCAUCUUGUGUAGUCAUCUGACUCCACUGAUAUUUCUGGGGACUAAUGUGUUCACUCAGAUGAUAGGAGGAAACCCAUGUAGUGCCCAGAUUUGGGGGCUUCUGAAAACUCUG